UUGAGGUUUGAGGGGCUUGAGCAAGCUUUGAGCUUUGAGUCCGAGAGUAUGUUUGGACAAGUUAGCGGUAAAAUUUGUGCUGUGCAUAUUGUUGUGAUAUCAGAAAAGUAAAUGGAGAUGCGUCCGAGAAAGGGAAAGGCAGCUGAACGCCUCCGGAAGAAACCUGAGCAAAACACACCAACUACUGCGUCUUCUGAGAAUCAUGAAGGUGACAGCACUGUAAGGAUGACUUCCACACCCAAGUCGCCGGUUAAACGAACUUCACGGGAGAGAGUUGUCAAAGCGUGCAGGAACACAGCAAUACGUACUCCGAGCGUAUUGACAGACGCUACUAAUUUGAGAGCGUCCACACCUGUAGAUGGCAACGACCCACCGAUCCAGAGUAGCCGAGACUUAUCACCAUUGUGUCACUUCGACCUGGAGUUUGACUACCCAUCCGCAGCCGGCGUUUGGAACGAUGUGGACCAAGAAAACACUGUCGAAUCAGAGAGGCCACCAAGUCCAGAGACGAGCAUUCACUACUGCAGUUUCACCUACGCGGGACGCCGACGACCGCGUGCCCAUAAGAUUGACUUUGAGGCCGAGAAUCCCAACAGUGAGGGCAUGGAAGGGCCACCCCUCUAUCACUCGCCAUUGAGGGACAUCUUGCCUCACGAAACGGAGAGCCCCAAGAAGAGACGGCGGAUUGUUUCGCAGAAAAAGAAGUGUCACCAGUGGCCUGCAUAUGACGAAUGGGCACAAAAGAUGGCCAAGGAGUUUGAACAGAUCAGCAAAUAUGAGCUCGUGUUUGAAUAGUACGCUGAAUGCAACAUUUUCAUAACUAGUGUCAGAUAACACAUCAGCCUACAAGACGCAUUAUAUAUUUAUAUAUAUAUA